AUGAAUGUAUUGGUAACUAAUACAAAAAGCAUGUAUCAUCAUGUGGACGAAUAUAGUAAAACAAAUGUAAUUUCAUAUAAUUUUUACUUUUAAUUUCUAUAAGUGCUUUUUAAAACAGUUAUUUGAUAAUUUUUGAAGGAAAUCAUUUUAAUGGACGUAACUUUAAGUGUAAUGAUAGUUAAAUCAAUUGAUUAUUGAUUUUAAAAAUAAAAUAAACAAAAUGUUACGUUUGCAAAGUCUCGUUAAUGCAAGUGACACUCUGUGUACUUGCUCAAUUGGAAGAAGAAAAACAUUAAAAAGUAUUGAUAAUGCUUACAACUUAAUUUUUAGAACUCAUAUUACAAAUAAUAAAAGAAACAAUUCUUUACCGUCAAUUCCAUCAUCAAAUUUAUCUCUGUAUUCUACUAAUAGAUUUAUUACACAAAAUUCAAUUCGACUAAAAGUAUUAUGUGUGAGAAAUUUUCAUACACAAAUAAUACCUCAUUGUAAAAAUGAUAAAAAUAAUUCGAUGCAUCUUAGUGUUCUACAUUCUUUAAUGAAAGAUAAUGCUGAAAGGAAAACAAAUUUAGAACCAAGAACACAUCAUAGUGAGAAACAAUUACUUCACAAGAAACUGUCUUACCAUAGUGAAAUGUUGAAAGAAUAUCCGGCUCCAACUAGUUCAUUACACAAUACAUAUUCAAUAGUUAAAACACAAUUAAAAAUGGAACGACCAAUGGUAAUGAAAUACGAUGAAACUCCAAAAGGAUGGAAAUGUACAUGUACUGUUUCUUGGCCAGAGAAUCGUGUAUUUACUGCUGAAGAACGUUUAAAAAAAGCAGCCACUUCAGAAGUUUCUUUACAAUGUUUAUAUUGGCUAAAACAAAAUAGAAAACUAAAAAAUGGUUUACCAGUUGUUUUUGAUUUUAAAAAAAUAAUGCAGGCCAUAAAUAAUCCAUCAAUAAUAACUAUCAAAGAAGAUUUACAAUUGAAGUUAAAGAAUUUGUUGGAAAAAUAUGAAAUUAAUAUACAGCCAAUUUUACUGGAAGCAGAUAUGACGAAAUUUAAAGAACAUGAAGGGAACGAAUCUGAUGAAAACUAUUUUGGAGGUGCUAUUUUUACUAAAGUAAAACAAAGAAAUAUUAUUUCUAUGCCAAAAAUACAACCACAUUUAAGAGAUAAAGUGCUUCGUGAAAGACUUAAAACAAGAAAACCAGUUGGAUAUGAAUUACCAAUCAAUGCUUACAGAAAAGAAAUUCUUCAAUUAAUAGAAAAAAAUCAAGUUGUACUAAUAAAAGGCGAUACCGGUUGUGGAAAAACAACUCAAGUUCCACAAUUUAUAAUGGACUCAUACGCUGAAAGAGGUGAGGGUAGUAAAUGUAAUAUGCUUGUUACAGAACCUCGACGAAUAUCAGCUAUAACACUCGCCCAACGUGUUGCUGAGGAACGAGGUGAAAAAUUAGGCGACACUAUUGGCUAUAAAGUAAAAUUACAACAUAAACUUCCAUUAACACCUGGUGCAAUAUUAUUUUGUACACCUGGGAUAUUAUUGAAAAAAUUACAGGGAAAUCCAAAUUUUAUUGGAUGUUCACAUGUUAUUAUUGAUGAGGCACACGAGAGAACAGUUGAUGUUGAUAUUCUUUUGGCAUUGUUGAAACGUAUUAUUAAAAAAAAUAAAGACAUCAAAGUUAUUAUAAUGUCAGCGACAUUAAAUGCCGAUACAUUUAAAAGAUUUUUCGAUUGUGCCACAAUUGAUAUUCCUGGCAUGAUAUAUCCAGUGAAAAUUCAUUUUAUUGAAGAAAUUAAUAAAUUAAUAAAAUUGAAUACCAGUUUAAAUAAUAAUUAUUUUCAACAAAUUGAUUGCGGUGAAAUUGCAAAUAUGAUACAAUGGAUAAGUGACAAUAAACCAGAGGGCGCUAUUUUGUGUUUUUUGCCUGGUUGGAUGGAAAUUGUUCAAGUUGAUACUUUACUUAAACAAAUUAAUAAAAAGGGAACAAAACAAUUGGUAUUACCACUUCAUUCAAAAUUGUCUUAUCAUGAUCAACAGAAAAUUUUUGAAUCACCUCCAAUUGGUGUUAGAAAAAUUAUUUUAUCAACAGACAUCGCUGAAACUGGAAUCACUGUUCGAGAUGUUGUUUAUGUUGUCGAUUGUGCUAAACAUAAGGCAAAUAAAUGGGAUAAGGAGAAGGAAACUAAUACCAUGCAAAUUUACAAAAUUUCUCAGUCGAAUCUCUUGCAAAGAAAGGGACGAGCGGGUAGAGUACAAUCGGGUGAAAGUUAUCAUUUUGUAACUAAAAGGGAAUUUAAUGAUAUGCCAAAAUAUGCUGAACCUGAGAUACAGUGUCUUUCAUUGGAAAGAGUUAUUAUUGAUUGUAAAUUAUGCGUUGAUGAUAAAGUGGAAGAAUUUCUUUCUGAAAUGCCUGAACCACCGGAUCCUCAUGUUGUUCGGAGAUCUGUGGAAAGUCUAAUAAAUUUAGGUGCUUUAGAUACACAGGAAAAUUUAACUACACUUGGCAAAAAAAUUAGUCAACUUUCACUUCCUCCUGUUCUUGGAAAAACAUUGAUUUAUUCCACUAUUUUUGGAUGCCUAGAUCCUAUAUUAACUGUAUCGACAAUUUUUUCGAUAAAUAUGGAGAUAUUCAUGAAUGCAUUGACGCGAAAAGAAGAAAUUCGAUCACUUAAACGACGCUUUAAUUUAAAUAGUGAUCAUCUUGCUCUAGCUUGGAUAUACAUGCAAUGGGAGGCUUAUAUUUAUGAAAGUCAGGAAUUAGCUGAAAAAUUUUCUUUUGAAUGUGGAAUAACGCAUUAUCGGAUGCUUACACUAAAAAAAGAGAGAGAACAAUUUCUAAGACAGCUCGCCGAUAUGACAGGAAUGAGAAAUAAAAGUUUAGAUUCGAAUCAUAUUUUUAAUAAAAAUGCACAAAAUGAUGAAUUAAUAAAGGGCGUUCUCCUCGCUGGAUUAAAUAAUGUAUUGAAACAUGUUCAUUUUGUGAAAGUACGUGAUCGAAUUGUGAGAGAUAAUAAAGAAUUUAUGGACGAAUCUAAAUGUAGUACGAAUAUCGGUUCGGAAAGUGUAAAUCAUUCAUGGGAAGAAAAAAGCUAUACAAAUUCCUAUUUCACUUAUAUAAAGAAAACAUUUGCUGGUGAAAGGCAUAAAAUGAUAGUACGCGAUUCUAGUAUAAUUUCACCAAUGACAGUUUUAUUAUUCGCCCAAGGUCACUUAUUUGGAUACGAGCACGUUUCUGCAGAAUUAUCAAAAACAAAAAAGAAUAAACUUAUUAAUACUGAUAUCGACAAUAUUUCCUAUAAGAACAAAAUUUUUAUCAAGUUUAACGAUAAGGAUAAUGUAUCAAUGUUGUGUGAUGAAAAUGUUGCUGAUAUACUCUUUCGGUUACGUGAUUGUAUAUGGGAUGUUGUGAAAUACUGCAUAAAUAAUCAAGGACUGCCAUUCAUAACUCAGUGUCGAGAAUUACCUAUCGUUGAUCAGUUUAAAGAUGAAAUGAUAACAAUUAUUAAUCAAUUAUUAGAAGAAAAUGUUAAAUCUGUAAAAAAUAAUGAAAACUUGAUAGAUAGUAACUCAGGUGUAGUAAACGAGGUAAAUAAUAAUAAUAAUGAGAACAUUUUCACUAAAUAUGAUGGAAUAGAUAUCGAAUCAGAUAAUGAUACCGAGGAAGAAGAAGAAGAAGAAUUAAUUGAAGAAGAAAUUAGUGAAUCCGAAAGUGAAAUGGAGGAUGAAUUGGAUGAAAAGAUGUAAUUUUUUUUUUUUUUCUUUUAAUAUUGACAUCUAAUUUCAACGUUACCCGAGAAUUCUGGUUUUCUGUACAUAUUGUAGUUUAUGAAAGAAUUUUUUUUUUAAUCACGCAUUAGAAAACGUACAUAUUUUAUAUAAAAAAAAAACGUCUUCACUGUUGUAUAAAAAAAUAAAAUAUAAAAUAAUCUUGUAAGAAUUUUAAAAUUAAUAAAAUGUUUAUAAAAUUCAGUGAAA